CGCGAGCUGCCGCGGCUGCGCUGUGCGUCGGUGCAGUAGCUGGAAAGUUUGUAUCACUCUAUAAUAUUUUGGCGAAGAUAUCACUCGAUAAUGUCGCAUCCAGCUGAGGACAGGCUGCUUCGGAAAUAUUGCUGGUAGCAGGGAGAGGAAACAGAGCGGACAUGGCCGUAGAAGUCGCUCAUCUCCACCGAGCUGCCGUGCCGCGGGUCCGGGGUCAGUUUGUACCGAAGCUGAACGGAGUUUCUGCCGUUGGACACUGCGUACUGGCCUAGCUAACUGCCACCAGUAAAAACAACUCGGCCGGAGAGACGGUUCAACAUGAUGUUCAACAUGAUGCCCCCACUUUAGAGGACAUUUCUCAUAGUAUCUGGGUUGGCUUUAUCGGUCGCCACCAUGUCUGAUCAAAAUUAUUAUUGGACUGUGUUGCCGAGCUACAAAACUAGUUUUGUGACUGGGGCCAUGAUGAAAAGAUCAAAAAGUUCCCGUAACAACAAGAGAAGGAGUUUGGCGGUCGGUACCCCGUCGCCCACACUCUCACGACCGCUUUCGCCUCUCCCAUUGGCCACAGCUGGCAGCAGCCCUUCAGAAAGCCCCAGAAAUGUCUCUGCCAGCACCUCUGCCAACUUCCAGUUUGCCCGCAGCCAACUGGCCCGCACUGAGAGAGCGGAUGGCCGAAGGUGGUCUGUGGCGUCUGUUCCCUCUUCUGGAUACUGCACCAAUGCACCCAGUUCUUCAGUAUCUUCCUCUUCUUCCCAGGAGUUAUUGCACCAGUUGCCCUUAAAGCCCACGCAAGAUGAUCUCCAUUUCCUGUUCAAACAUUUCCGGAGCACAGAGAGCGUGGCAGACGAAGAAGGAUCACAUCCCUCGCCCCCUGUCAGGCUCCGCUCACGCAGUCUCAGCCCUGGAAGGACGUGUGGAACAUUUGACAAUGAGAUUGUCAUGAUGAAUCAUGUCUACAAAGAACGCUUUCCCAAGGCGACAGCCCAGAUGGAGGGUCGGCUGCUGGACAUCAUUGCAGAGUGUUCCCCAGGCACUGCUCUGCCCCUGGCUGAUGGUGUGCUAGGAUUCAUUCAGCACCAGCUGGUGGAGCUCGCCAGAGACUGUCUGGACAAGUCCCAGAAAGCCUUGGUCACCUCCAGGUACUUUGUGGAGCUGCAGGAGAAACUGGAGAAGCUGCUGCAUGAGGCGUAUGAGCGAUCAGAGAGCGAGGAGGUGACCGUCAUCAUCAAACUGGUGAAGAAGAUUCUCAUCAUCAUCUCCAGGCCUGCCAGGCUCCUGGAGUGUCUGGAGUUUGAUCCAGAAGAGUUUUACCAGCGUUUGGAGGCUGCAGAGGGUCAUGCCAAGGUGGGCCAGGGCAUCAAGACUGAUAUUCCUAGAUACAUCAUCAGCCAGCUCGGCCUCACCAGGGAUCCCCUUGAAGAGAUGGUCCAUCUGGAACAAACAAGCCCAAGUCACAGGGCGGCCAGCAGAGAGUCUGAUGACACUGGAGAGGCAACACUUAUACAGAGCCGAGCAGCCUGUACCCCUCCGCGUAGGAAACCACUGGAGAGUGACUUUGAGACUAUCAAGCUCAUUAGUAAUGGCGCCUAUGGGGCUGUGUUUCUCGUGCGCCACAAGGAAACCCGUCAACGCUUUGCCAUGAAGAAGAUAAACCGGCAGAACCUGAUUUUAAGAAACCAGAUCCAGCAGGUGUUUGUGGAGCGAGACAUCCUCACCUUUGCUGAAAACCCAUUUGUGGUUUCUAUGUUCUGUUCUUUUGAGACACGGAGGCACCUCUGCAUGGUCAUGGAGUAUGUGGAAGGUGGAGAUUGUGCCAACCUGUUGAAGAACAUCGGUCCUCUGCCUGUGGACAUGGCCCGGAUGUAUUUUGCAGAGACGGUCCUGGCUUUAGAGUACCUUCACAACUACGGCAUUGUACACAGAGACCUCAAACCAGACAAUUUGUUAAUCACCUCCAUGGGACACAUUAAGCUGACAGACUUUGGGCUGUCCAAGAUUGGCCUUAUGAACAUGACCACCAACUUGUAUGAAGGUCACAUUGAGAAAGAUACCAGAGAGUUCAUCGACAAACAGGUGUGUGGUACUCCGGAGUACAUUGCUCCAGAGGUGAUCCUGAGGCAGGGUUAUGGGAAGCCUGUGGACUGGUGGGCCAUGGGCAUCAUCCUUUAUGAGUUUCUAGUGGGCUGUGUUCCUUUCUUUGGAGACACACCAGAACAGCUGUUUGGUCAGGUGGUCAACGAUGACAUCAUCUGGCCAGAUGGGGAGGAUGCUCUGCCUGCUGAUGCCCAGGACCUUAUCACCAGACUGCUGAGACAGAGCCCUCUGGAGCGUCUGGGAACAGGUGGAACCACUGAGGUGAAGAUGCACAUGUUCUUCCUGGGUCUGGACUGGAAUGGCCUCCUGAGGCAGAAAGCUGAAUUCAUACCUCAACUAGAGACGGAGGAGGACACCAGUUAUUUUGACACCCGAUCAGAGCGCUACUGUCACAUGGGCUCAGAUGAUGAUGAUGAAACCAACGAUGAUGAAUCUUCUCUGGAGCUCCGACAGUUUUCCUCUGUGGCCCAUCGCUUCAGCAAGGUGUACAGCAGCACAGAACACCUGUCCACCUCCACGCCGUCCAACCAGAGCUUGUCGUCAUCAGAGCGAAGCCACAGCGAGGAGAAGGAAGAGCGAUGGGAGGGCAGAGGAAUCCUUUCCCCCAGCGAUGGACACAAACACUUGGCUAGUGGAGACAAAAGAGCAGAUGGACACAGGGGAAGUCUGCGACCCCGUGCUUCAUCCAGUUCCUCCCAGUCAGAGCGCAGCGCCAGCCCGCUGGUGAUGAACAGCACCCAGAGCCUCGACGUCAUGCCUCGCUUUGCCAUUUCUGCCGAGGAGGAAGAUGGGAUGGUCUCCAACCUGCGGCGCAUUCGUCUCCGGAGCAACAGCACAGGCACCAGGCCGUCAUUCCGGAGAGGGGCGUCCCGACGCAUCGCCCACCAGCUGGAGACCCCAGAGAAACCCAGAUCGCCAGCUGGCAAAGUCCCCAAGUCUGCCUCAGUCUCUGGCCUGUCCCUCAUUAUUACCCCAGACGACUCGGCAUGUCCUCCUACCAGCCCCAAAUCAUCUUUGUCCCUGUCGUCCAACCCCUCGUCCAGAGACUCGUCCCCCAGCCGGGACCUCUCUGUUAGCGUCAGCUGCCUCAGGCCUCCUGUGGUCAUCCACAGCUCUGGGAAGAGGUUUGGCUUUGCGCUGCGAGCUAUCAGAGUCUACAUGGGAGACACUGACGUCUACACUGUGCACCACAUGGUCUGGUGUGUUGAGGAGGGCAGUCCAGCACACGAGGCAGGAUUGAGGGCUGGUGACCUCAUCACUCACGUCAACGGGGAGUCUGUCCAGGGACUCGUCCACACUGAGGUGGUGGAGCUUCUGCUCAAGAGUGGCAACAGGGUGACCCUGCAGACGACUGCACUGGAGAACACCUCGAUCAAGGUGGGCCCUGCCAGGAAGGCGAGCUACAAGGCCAAGAUGGCUCGGCGCAGCAAAAAGAGCAAGAGGAAGGACGGACAGGACAGCAGACGACGUAGCAUCUUGAAGAAGCUGUCUAAGCAUACGCCUCCUCCGCCCAUGCAGAGCAGUCGCAGCUUCUCUUCAGGUUUCCACCAGUCAUCUAGCGACAGCCUCUCUGGCUCCCCCACACAGAGUCUCUCUCCUGGCCCUUCCACACCCUGCCGCUCCCCUGCCCCCGACCACUCUGGAGAUUCAAGCUCUUCACCUUGCUCCAGCUCCCCUAACUCGCCUGUACCUCAGGCCCGUCCCAGUUCCCUUCAUGUUUUGGGUCGCUACACCAAGGCCGGCCGCUGCAAGUCCACCAGCAGUAUCCCCCCUUCUCCGCUGGCCUGCAUCCCACCUCCUCAGCCCCUCUCUCCUCAGUGCUCUCCAUCCUGCCUUCCCAGUCACCCCAAGUCCCUACAUGGUUUCCAUGGCAAGACACUGUCCCCUCCCACCAUCGCCCGCCAUUCUGUGCGUCCCCGCAGUGCAGAACCGCCACGCUCGCCGCUCCUCAAGAGGGUCCAGUCAGCAGAGAAACUGACUGGAGACAAGUCAACAGGCGGGUACCAUGGAGAUAGGAAGGCCUAUAGCACCCGCCGCCACACCAUGGAGGUGCCUCUGUCUGAGGGCGAGGGGCUGGAGGACAUGGAGGGGGAGACCGCCACCGGGUUCGUCUGUGUCGGCGAGCAUGGCCGGCAGGGGCUGUACAUAGGUGGGCAAAGAGGCCACCAGGACUUGGUUGGCGGAGGCAGCGAGCACCACCGCUCCUCCACCUCCUCACCACAACACCGCGGUGGCAACCACCACUCCAAAGAGGUGGUGGUGAUGAGGAAGCUGGCUCUGUCGGAGCGGAGGGACUCCUUCAAGAAACAGGAGGCAGUGCAGGAAGUGUGUUUCGACGAUUUGGAGGAGAGAGAGGCCACGCCGAGUCCCCCCAUUCCCAUCACGCAACCAAAGGCGUUCAAGGCAUCCUGGAUCAACUCGGCCCAGUCGGAAUCCAGUCUGAAGCCGGAAGGACGAGGAUCACAGGGUACGACAGCACAGCAGAGAGCCAAGUCAAGAGAGAAAGAAGGGUUUUAGUUCUCUCACUUUGCCUGGGAUAAUAAUCCUGCGGGAGACUCAGAAGUUAAGAGAAGUCUCUGACCUGCCACUGUACUUGCAUUCGAAGGCCUUGCAUGUGUGUCCAGAAAACUGUGACCAAGUCCCAAAUCAACACAAGCAACUGCGUAAAGACGGAAGAACAAAUCAAAUCGAUGUUUCUCAGUAAUAUAUGCAUCCUGCUACACUGUUAACAGAAUAACGACAACGCCAAAACGUUUACUUCCUAGUUGCUUGUUUUCUCUCUUGGUUCUCAAAUCACUGUGGCACCUGUGACCGAUGUAUUUUGUAAAUAUCUUUUUUGUUUUAAAUGAAGAAACUUAUUUAUGACUUUUUACACUCAUCCUGUUUUUGGUUGCUGAAAAUGCCUUCGGAUGCUUUAGCAGUUCUUAUUUCAGGAACGCAGCUGCCAGAAAGCCACGUGUGGUUAUACAGUAGGUGCAGAAAAGGGGGAAGUAACAUCAGUCGUUAUCGUACCAUAUUUCAUUUUUUUUAAUGCUGCAAUGCCUGUCUAGAAGUGGGUUUUGUUUCGUGCUCAGACUGGGUCUCGGAAACAAACUUAGCGUUUGUCCCGUGUUAAUGUAUUAUAGAAUUUCAGAAGAUAUUCUGUGCUGCCUCUGAAAAGAUUGUGGCGGUGACAAUUCGGACUCAUCGUUACCCGAACACGGCCCUGUAUAAAAUUUUUAACGGACAAAUAUUCCAACAUCACAAUACUUGGAAGCCUAGUGCUGGUGCCAAAGCAUGGUUUAGCCAUAUGAACCAUUUCAAAGAGGUACUGUAGUUGUACAUAAGAAGCUUCACGCAUGCCGGUUCGACCGCCACUCGCUGUCUGUCUGUCCUGUAGAAAAGUGCGUCCGCGCUGACACUCCUCCAGCAGUGGUUUAAAUCAUAGCGUAAUCACCUUUGGAAACCAGACUGUUGUCUCUGUCCUCUAAAUACCGUAUACUGUCACCUACCCGCUCAUCGAGUCGAUCCUCCGUCCAGCUCCUAACAAACGUAGUCGUAGCAGAAAGUGUUUGCACAAGUCGUCGUAGCCGUGUUACAGUUAGAGCACUCUCAUGUUUCAGGACGAUCUCUUUCUUUGGGAUUUAACAACUGUACAGUAGAUGCAACAAGCAGACUGGCUCCCUUGGCUGUUUUUUUUUUUUUUUAAUAAAUGUGUAUUAUGAAUGAAUGUUUACAUUUUAGUGCAAAUAUGUGUACGUGUGUGGACUUGUCAUGGUUUUUGUUAAAUUAUUCUGAAAAAAAUUGAAUGACAGGGAACGGCAGAAUUCAACCAGAAGCCCUGAAUGGAUGAAGGAAUGAGUAGAAGGUGAUCUCCUUUUUGUAUAUUUUGAUAUGGAAACAGUCUUGUUGCAGUACUAAUAACCUAUGCUGUUGAUGUAUAUUGUAUAAACAAUGGUGGACCUUAUAACAGCUGUCGGUGGUGUUUUUUUGAAAGUGACCUUGUAAGGGUAGUUGGACUCCAAAAUAAUGUGUAAUGCCAUUUAAGUGGCAGGGUGUUAAUCUCCUGUUUCAAUCAACCUCAAAGGAUUGUGCAUGCAUCACAUCCCAGUAUAAUAUUCCCACUUUUUUUUUUGCCUAUUUGGGGAUUUUUUUUAAUUUUAGAAUGAGUUUUGUGAGGAGAUGUAAACAUGUGGGAUUUGUUUUUCACAUAUGUAUCCUUUCAUUUGUAUUUUUGUUCCCAAUUUGAUUUUUUUUAUUUUUUUUUAUGGUUUUCAUUCAGGAACUGUUUGGAUCAGCAGCCAAACAUGCUUCCCCUUUUAUUUCAGAUGAAUUGUUACACAGAAUAAAAUCUCCCUUGUGUUCUUAGUUUUAUGACGGCACACAUGUUUGUGUUUUGCAGAGUUUAGAGGACUGUUAAUGUGGGAAUUUAUAAUGGACGUUUAGCAUAUACUAAGCCUUGAACAGUGGUUAUAGAUUGUUGGGGUUCAAAUUAGAAGUUAGAAGUUUGUUCAUUGUACUCUGGGGAGAAGUGUGUGUCUGUUGGGAAUUGUCACUGGAUUUCUGAUGCAAUAUACACCGUGGUGUGUUUUUAGGAUCUGUUUUUGUACCCCUACCAAACCAUUAUAGUAUCUCUAGUGCCCUAAGUUGUAUCAUACUUUUUUUGAAUGAAGACUUCAUUUUUCAGAUGUAGAAACAAAAAGAGAUGUCAGCAGCAGUUCAGACCAGCGGUUUGGCAUCACAUGUCAAAAUGAAGCAUCACAAAAACUCCUCAUCUCUAUUUUUGCCUGUGUGUGUGUGUGUGUUACACUCCAUGUCUUUACACGGGUGCUCAACUGUCAUUCUCCAUAUUUCCCUCACUUGUGUGAGUGUGUUUGUGUGUUAAAAGUUGUUGCUCCUCACUCCCCCCAUAUGACAAACUGGCCUUUGUGAAAUUCCUACCAUGUGGGUAUCUGGUGCAGACUGGUGUGACAUUGUCUGUUUUUCUAUUGUCUUAACAGUGCUUGAAAUAAAUGAAUUGCAAAAGGACUACAAAGUCCAGGACUACAA